AUGUAUCCAUCACUCCUCCACCGCUCCAAAUCCUUAUCGGACCUAGUCCAGACCCGAAUCUUCAUUCGACUAAUGGGUGGCGGACCGCGAACCUUCCCUGGAGGUCUAAACAAAUGGCAAUGGAAACGCCUCCACGAGAAAAAAGCCAAUGAAAAAGAGAAACGUCUGCUUGACCAAGAAAAACAACUCUACCAAGCCCGGAUGCGUUCCCAAAUCCGUUACAAACUCGCCACUCAACCGGACCCGAACCCGAACCCGGACCCGGACCCAAAUAAGUACAAUCCCAUGAGCCCCAAAGAGCACAUCAAAGCCCUCGCUGAUCGAUUCAUGAAAGAAGGAGCUGAAGACUUGUGGAAUGAAAAUGAUGGGCCAGUGAAAUCUCCUUCAGAUGAACGGCCAGGAUUUGUUCGGACUAAUCAACGGCCAGCAUCUAUUAAUUCGCCUGUGGAUUUGCGAAAAUUAAUGGCAGAAGGGGGCAAUGUAUCGCAGAAUCGUGAAAAUGGGUUCAAUUAUGUAAAGGGUAGAGAUUAUUCCACACGUAGAGGUUUAGAUUUUGGGUCUACAGGUGGUUCUGUUAAGACUUCAGUGCGGAAACCGAGGAAGUUUAGGAGAAAUGAGAGUUCUUCGAGUGAUGAUGAUGAAGAUUAUCGGUUUGUUGAUAACAUAGUUAAAAAUUCUGUGAGAGAUUCAGGGAAUGAGCGAGGGGGCGUGAGUAAUUCCAGGUAUGUGAGUGAUUUUAUGAAGAAUAGGGGUUUUGAAAAACGAAAAGAGAGGAGGUUUGGGAGAAAUGAGAGUGAUGAUGAGGAUGAUUUGGAGGGUAGGGGAGAGAGGAGAGGGAGGAGUGCUAAGGAGAUUGGGAGUAGAGCUGCUUUAGGGAAGUAUGACAUGAAGAAGACGAGAAGGGUUCCAUUGAAGGAGCUCGAGAAGUAUGAUUUUGCGAACGAAGUGGAGUUGAUUAGAUAUGAGCUGGGGAGGAAGAAGAAGUUUUCCGGAAAUGAGGGGGAUAAGGAGGAGGUUGAUUCAAUUCUUGGCGAAAAACGAUUUGAUGAAUGUGGUCUGUCUCCAUUGACUGUCAAAGCACUUACAGCAGCUGGUUAUGUUCAAAUGACAAGGGUACAGGAGGCUACUCUUUCUGUUUGCGUUGAGGGUAAGGAUGCUAUGGUCAAAGCCAAAACUGGCACUGGAAAAAGUGCAGCUUUUUUGCUUCCUGCAAUUGAAGCAGUUUUGAAGGCAACAAGUAGCAAUGCCAAGCUACGGGUGCCUCCAAUAUAUGUUCUUAUUCUCUGCCCCACAAGAGAGCUAGCAAGUCAGAUAACAGCAGAAGUAAAUGCUAUGCUGAAGUACCAUGAUGGAAUAGGUGUGCAAACACUAGUUGGAGGAACACGUUUUAAAGAUGAUCAAAGACGCCUCGAAUCUGAUCCUUGCCAGAUAAUUGUUGCUACUCCUGGUCGGCUGCUGGAUCACAUUGAGAAUAAAGGUGGUUUAUCUGUGCAUUUGAUGGGAUUGAAGAUGCUUAUACUUGAUGAGGCUGAUCACCUUCUUGAUCUUGGGUUUCGGAAGGAUGUGGAGAAAAUUGUAGAUUGCUUGCCUCGUCAGAGACAGUCCUUGCUUUUCUCUGCAACAAUUCCAAAAGAGGUUCGUCGAAUUUCUCAGCUUGUAUUGAAAAGGGAACAUGAUUUCGUUAAUACUGUGGGCAUCGGUUGCGUGGAAACUCCUGCUAAGAUCAAGCAGUCUUUUCUUGUCACUCCACACGAAUUGCAUUUUCAAGUAGUGCACUAUCUGCUGAAGGAGCAUAUCCUGAAGGCACCUGAUUAUAAGGUUAUUGUUUUCUGUACCACUGGGAUGGUAACAUCACUCAUGUAUCUACUUCUCCGGGAAAUGAAAAUGAAUGCAAGGGAGAUGCAUUCUAGAAAGCCUCAACUCUAUCGAAAUCGUGUCUCUGAUGAAUUCCGGGAAUCAAAAUGUUUGAUUCUCGUUACAUCUGAUGUUUCUGCUCGUGGAAUGAAUUAUCCUGAUGUUACUUUAGUCAUUCAGGUGGGGAUUCCUUAUGAUCGUGAACAAUAUAUACAUCGGCUUGGAAGAACAGGACGUGAAGGGAAACAUGGAGAAGGGAUCUUAUUGCUCGCACCAUGGGAAGAAUAUUUCCUGGACGAGUUAAAAGACCUGCCUCUUGAGAAAUUUCCUUCACCAGAAAUGGAUUCAGAAACUAACCUUAAGAUAGAGGAGUCAAUGUCAAAGAUUGAUAGUAGUGUCAAAGAAGGAGCAUAUCAUGCUUGGCUAGGCUAUUAUAACUCCAUCAGAGAAAUUGGAAGGAAUAAAACCACGCUUGUUGAUCUAGCCAACCAAUUUUCUGGGUCAAUAGGCUUACAAAAACCUCCUUCCCUCUUCAGAAAAACAGCUUUAAAGAUGGGUUUGAAAGACAUCCCUGGUAUACGGAUCCGGAGGUAG